UCAUAUUAAAGGCGCGAGAGCGUUUCUCCAAAGCGUUACUCCAAAGUUUCUGGUCAGUCACAGCGCACGUGCACUCGCUCCAAAGUGUUACGCAAGCUCGCAGCACCUGGUGUUCACUCGGUGCGUGAUGACGUCAUCGUCGCUAUCGGUACCGGAGCGGCGCACGGCGCGGAUUGUCUUCUUGGGCGCCGCCGGUGUGGGAAAGACGGCGCUGAUUGCGCGCUUCCUGCAUGACCGUUUCGAGCCACGGCACGCGCGCACCGUGGAGGAGCUGCACGCGCUCGAGUGCGACCUGGACGGAGCCGCGCGCCUGCGCCUGGAGAUCCUGGACACGAGCGGCAGCUACGCGUUCCCGGCCAUGCGCGCGCUGCGCAUUCGCACCGGCGACGCCUUCGCGCUCGUGUACGCGGCGCGCGAUCGCGGCUCGCUCGAGGAGGCGCAGCGCCUGCGCGACGAGAUCCUCGAGAUCAAGGGCGACGCGUUCAACGCCAUCACCGUGGUGGAGAGCAAAGCGGACCUGGCGAGCCGCAGCCGCGCCGAGUGCGCGCGCGCCAUGCGCGCCGUGGAGGACGAGUGGCGCGCGGGGUUCGUGAGCGCGUCCGCGCGAACCGGUGAGAACGUCGCCGCGGUGUUCCGAGAGCUGCUAGCGCGAGCCGACCUGCCCAGCCGCGUGAGUCCGGCGCUGCGCAGGCGCAGACAGAUUUGCGCGAGGGACUGUGGCGAUAAGAAAACGAGGAGGAAAAACAACAGCUGCGUUCUGUCUUAGACAAAAACCUGCACCGUUAACCUGCACUAACGCAUCACACUGACGCACUUCCGGUGUUGCCCUCACUCUGACCUCUGACCUUUCUAAACCACUGACUUUUUUUUUGGCACUUUAUGUGUCAACUGGAACUUUGAAGGGGGAAAACAGUGAAGAGUAAAUAAUGUGUGUGAAUGAGUGAAAUGCUGUUUCAGUGAACGAAUAAACACUUUUCUACCUUUACGUUUUGCUGAUUCAUUUUCAUCUGUAUAGACAGAAUUGUUGAGACUUUUAUCUAGAAAGAGCAGCAGGGGAUCCUGGAGGUUACAGCUUUCCCUCUGACUGUUACAAUGCUGCUCACACUGGAGACUCCUUCCAUACAAAUCUCACGUAAACAGAAAACUUCACCACAUCAGCUAUUAUUGUUGUUAUAAGAAAGGAAUCAAUACUUUCUGACCCUUCAGAAAUGAGAAUUCAUAUCUGUCCACAUAUCUGAUACUCACGGUGUAUAAUACAACCGAUGUUCGUCUUUUAAAAACCUAUAACUUUAUCUAUAUUACAGCUUUCUUUUAAUUGUUCUUUUUGUCCUAUUUCCAGAGAGAAAUCCCUCUGCACUCGGCGAA